AUGAAAGGAAUUAGCAGACUUCCUCAAACUACUGCGGCCAUGCACAAUAAUUUGGAACGGGUGUUUUCAGUAUUAAGGGAUAACAAGACAAUUGAGCUUCGUUUCUUGUGGUCCACGAAAGAAGUUAUUUCAGGAGAUUAUGACACAAUUUGGGGAUUAUUGAAUGACAUUUACAAUGCUUACUGGAAAAAGACAAGCAAAGUGAAGAGAGCUUCACAAAAUAAGAAACGAGAAAAUUCAAGGAUUCAAGCUCAUUCACCAAACUCGUCAUUGGAAGAAGAGAGGGAGGAUGAGAAUGAAGGGUUCUCUAUUGAGGACAUUAAUAGAAUGAAAAGAGAAUUACUCGAAUCAUCCCAAGACUACUAA